AUGUCCAUGCUGAACCUACCAAACGAGCUUCUUCAAAAUAUCUUUGAAUAUCUAGAGUCAGAAGAAGAAAUUAAUGCGCUCGUCUGUGCACACUCCCUCUUCUACGCUCAUUUCAACGCCUACCUGUACCGCCAUAAUGUGACUAAAUCUCAGAGCUCAGCCAUAAUAUGGGCCGCAAAACAUGGACAAACCAACACUUUGAAACGACUGAUCCAGCAAGGUGGCAAUGUUGAAACCCGCGAUGCAACACAUAACCAAACACCACUGGCACUCGCCAUAGAAAAUGGACAUACCGAGGUCGCAGAGCAACUGCUCGACCAUGGAGCCAACCACUCUGCCAAGGACAGAUACCGCCAAACACCUUUGUUUGAAGCCGCACUGCUAGGCGAUGAGUCCAUGGUGCGCAAGUUGAUUGAACUGGGUGCCGAUGUAGACACCACCGAUAUCGACCAAGGCUCGCCGCUCCACAAUGCCUUAUACAGGAAACAUGACAAUGUUGUCAAGCUUUUGUUGGAAAAAGGUGCCGCCUCAGACCGGGCGGAUGAUAAUGGUGUUACGGCAUUACACAUUGCCAUCCAGAACUUCAAUGAAAACUGUGUUCGGCUUCUCUUGGAAUAUGGAGCUAACCCUAGGGUGCCUUAUGCUGGCAUUAUGGAACCGAUCCACUUAGCUGCACAGGCAGGUCAUGAAUCUGUCGUUCGGCUUUUGUUGGAGAAGGGGGUGCAUCGGGCGUGUAGGAAUGCUUCCGAUCAGACGCCUAUGGAUCUUGCGGAGCGGGCGGGCUUUGGAGAAAAGAUGAGGUCAUUGUUAGAGGGCUAA